CCCCUCACACUAAAAAUUCACUUAUAAAAGCAUAAACACCAGACCCCUUUCUUUCACAAUUCCAUUUCCACAACAUCCAAAUUUCCAACAUGUCCGAGCAACAAGGCGGCGAUGGCACUUCCACAGUCAGGCGUAGAGGCGCCACUUCAAGGCGUGGCAUGGCAACACCAGACAUAGAGGCAGCAGCACCAACUGGACCAUGUGGUGCUUGCAAGUUCUUGAGGAGGAAGUGCAGCAGUGAGUGCAUCUUUGCACCCCACUUUGAUCCGGACCAGGGUCCAGCAAGGUUUGCUGCUGUGCACAAGGUGUUUGGUGCUAGCAAUGUGUCAAAGUUCCUGAUGAAUAUUCCGAUGAACCGCCGCGAUGAAGCGGUGACAACUAUCUGCUACGAGGCUCAAGCUAGGCUAUCUGAUCCUGUUUAUGGUUGUGUCCCUACCAUUCUGAACUUACAACAACAGGUUGCAUCUUUACAGGAACAGCUCACUAUGCUGCAAACUCAGAUAAUACAUGGUAGUUUGGCAUAUCCAAAUGUUCUCCAGAGCACACAAGAGCAGCAACACACCAAUAUAGGGUUCCAGUCAGCGUACCCAAACUUCAACCCAGGUUUUGACUAUGCAAUGGAAACAGCACCCUCAUCACACAACUUAGAGCCUGUUCAAUUCUCUCAGUUGCCCAAAUAUGAGGAAGAAGAUGAAGAAGAAUGCAAGAUUCCGCCGUUGUUGAACAAUGAUAUAGUAUUUCCCCGCCAUUGA